AUGGACUCGACUACUUCCCCCAUUCUAAAUAUCCUGCCAGUCGACGUUCUUUCAUAUCUUGUCGAACAGAUAAUCGACGAUGAAGGCUCUCUCAAAUCCCUCUCGCAUACAAAUCGUGCCUUCAGACUCCUCUCCCUGGCCCGUUUACGUUCUCACACCGUAAUCCUCGACAUCUCCACCGGUCUCAGGGGUCAAAACGGUGUUCUCGACCCGGUAUUCAGAACAAUCAAUGACUUCAACCAAGAAAAGAACUUUCGAAUCCCAUCUCACGUCCGAGUAUUAGAAAUCAGAGAUCGAUGGUCUGCAACUCAUUCCAAAUUACAUACUUCACAAAAAUUGAUUGCGGAGUUCGUCAAUGCACUUUUUACUUUUUUGGGGAAGUGUAUCAGUCUUAGAAAGUUUUUGAGAGAUGGGUACGAACAUGAAGCAUUUAAGACUACGGAUUUGAUAAAGAAAGUGCUGGAGUUACCGAAAUUGAAGGUUCUGUGCUUGAAGAUCCAUCAGGAUAGACAAUGGUGGUUUAACGAGACUCCUAAAUUCGAGGAAUAUGAGUGCGCUAGCACCCUAUCCAAAGAAACCGGAGAAAGAGGUUUAGCAUGCUUAUCCGUUGCGCUACCAAUGAGCCUGGACCGUUCAUGGUGGGAUGAAGUAUGGAAACUAUGCAGACAUAUUAUGAUCAGUAAUAUCAAAACCCUGAAACAUCUCUAUUUCGACGGACCAGAUCUUGAACAAAUCGUCAACGGAAUGCGUGCAAACUCACUCGCAGACAUACGGCUUUCAACACUCCGCUUCAGAAUGGGAUUCGAUCCCACACAGUUUUGCGCAGUCCUCGGCCUUACAGAACUAGACGACCAAAGCGAAAAUUCAGAGAUACGUAGCGAUGCAGUCACCCCUCUCCGUCGUCUAGAAUUCGAAAUCUUAGAAAGUAGCGGUUCUUUCAUAGAUGACAACGCAGCGGUCGAAAUCCUUCGGUACUUCAGAACGCCCAAUAUCAAACGGUCACAGAUAUUCGGUCCAAGUAGCGUAUAUUUAUACACUAAUGGUGUGAUGGAGCAAUUUGGGAAUCCGCUUUUGACUCACCUUCUAACAUACCAAGGACUACAAUUCGUUGAACUGCAGGGUUCGUCGAGUAAAACGUGGAUUGAGACUAUGCUAGAUACGUUGGCGAGGUAUCAUGGAGAAAGUCUUAACACAAUUAUGCUGAACCAGAUUUCUAUGGAUUUUCUUUACAAGCCGGGGAGCGAUCUAGGUCCUAUCGAUAGGUUCUCUUCACUAAGAAGAUUGGAAAUCCUACAUCGCAGGACAUCUUUCUUCUGGUCAAUCGACUGCCUCUGGAACAUCAUAAAAAUCCGAAAUACAAUCUCCGAAGUCCAAAUCACCAUGCUCCAUUCCCCAUCGGGAAUCAGCAGCCGCCUUUUCCGCCCUUCGAUUGGCAACCACAGUUACUUCCCCCAACGAAUCCUAACACCAAUCUACUCCACCGCAUUCUACCUUCACAACCGUCGUAACAAAAUAGAUACAUCACACUACGCGUCCCGAGACGGCGAGCUUUUCCCGUCGACUAAAGUUAUCACAUCGUAUCGCCAAAUGCUCGGGGAUUCUAGCACAGAUCGGUUAUAUAUCAGUAGCUAUUUGAGACAUAUGUUACAUGCUAAACGUCUUCCAAGCGAACAGUCGUCUUUUCCUGAGCCGAAGGAUCAAGCGUUUGGACCGGAGCUACAGAAUGAAGCCGAGGCGUUUUCGACGUUUGUGUGUGGAAUUCCGGAUUGUUUGAGGCUGUUUCAAUUGAAGUACGUCGAUAGGACUGGAGCGGGUCCCGAUGAGGUGACAAAAAGGGAUGGGGGGGAUUUGUGGAAGAAGAUCGGUGGCGAGUGGGUCUAUGAGAAGGGUUUGAUUGAACUUUUACCGUGGUAG